UCAUUUCAUGGGGUCUCUCAGCGUCCUGGGUUCCCUCCUACUGCUUGGACUCCAGCUCGUCUGCCCACAGCCCUCCACUGAACACAGAAAGGUCCCGCAGCGGAUGGCGGCGGCCCAGGGCGUCCCCGAGGACGGCGGCGGCGGCGCCCCGGGCGUGUGGGGCGCCUGGGGGCCCUGGUCCGCCUGCUCGCGUAGCUGCAGCGGCGGCGUGAUGGAGCAGACGCGGCCCUGCCUGCCCGGCUCGUACCGCGCGCGCGGGGCCCUGCGGCCCGGAGCGCCCCCGCGCGCCUUCGCGGGCCACGUGGUGUCCGCAGUGCGCACGUCGGUGCCGCUGCACCGGAGCCGCGACCGCGAGGAGCCGCGCGCCCCCGCCGGCCCCGACGCCAGCCGCCAGGGCCCGGGGCAGCGGGGCAGCCGGCACCCGCAGGCGCGGGGCCGCGACCCCACGGCGGAGAGCAGGAGCAGGACCCGUGGUCCCAUCGGCCCUGGCAAGUAUGGCUACGGGAAGGCCCCGUACAUCUUACCACUGCAGACGGACUCCGCACACUCGCCGCAGAGGCUUCGGAGGCAGAGGCCCCCGUCCCGGCAUUCCAGGACCCAGGGGGCAUCCGGUCCUAGCCACGGCUACGGCCCGCCGGCCCACCGGGCUCCCCAGCAUGGGCCUCUGUACCAGAGUGACGGUGGCCCUCGUUCUGGACUGCAGACCUCCAAGGCCUCCCUCUACCAGCGGCCCUUGACCCACGACCAAGGCUUUCCCGCAGCUUCCAGUCUCUUCCACGGCCCGGAAACCAGCAGCAACCAUGGCUUGGGGGCCCCCAGGGCAGCUCAGAGCUUCUCGCAGCCCGCCCGGUCUGCAGCCAUCUCCUGCAUUGGGGCCUAUCGGCAGUACAAGCUGUGCAACACCAAUGUGUGUCCCGAAAGCAGUAGAAGCAUCCGGGAGGUCCAGUGCGCAUCCUACAACAACAAGCCGUUCAUGGGCCGCUUCUAUGAAUGGGAACCAUUUGCAGAAGUAAAGGGCAACCGAAAGUGUGAGUUGAACUGCCAGGCAAUGGGCUACCGCUUCUACGUCCGGCAAGCUGAGAAGGUCAUUGAUGGUACCCCCUGUGACCAGAAUGGCACGGCCAUCUGCGUGUCUGGGCAGUGCAAGAGCAUUGGCUGUGAUGACUACCUGGGCUCGGACAAAGUGGUGGACAAGUGCGGGGUGUGCGGAGGCGACAACACGGGCUGUCAGGUUGUGUCAGGCGUAUUCAAGCACGCCCUCACCAGCCUGGGCUACCACCGAGUGGUCGAGAUUCCCCAAGGAGCCACCAAAAUCAACAUCACCGAGAUGCACAAGAGCAACAACUAUUUGGCUUUGCGAAGUCGUUCUGGCCGCUCCAUCAUCAACGGGAACUGGGCAAUUGACCGGCCGGGAAAAUACGAGGGCGGAGGGACCAUGUUCACCUACAAGCGUCCAAAUGAGAUUUCGAGCACCGCUGGAGAGUCCUUUUUGGCUGAAGGCCCCACGAAUGAGAUCUUGGAUGUCUAUAUGAUACACCAGCAGCCCAACCCAGGAGUCCACUAUGAGUACGUCAUCAUGGGGACCAACGCCAUCAGCCCACAGGUGCCUCCUCACAGGAGACCAGGGGAGCCCUUCAACGGCCAGCUGGGGACACACGGGAGGGGCCAGGAGGAGGGAGAAGAGAAAGAGGAGGCUGAGGAUAAGGAAGAUGUGCACGGCGGGGCCCCCGAAGUAUUCACCUCGGAAUCGGCACAGACCUUCCCAGUCAGGCAUCCGGAUGGAUUUUCUUCCCAUCGGCCAGACAAUGUGGUGCCGGCAGCACCACAGCCCCCGCGGCGAAGCCGGGACCACAACUGGAAGCAGCUGGGGACCACAGAAUGCUCCACAAGUUGUGGGAAAGGAUCGCAGUUCCCUAUUUUUCGCUGUGUGCACCGAAACACCCACGAAGAGGUGCCCGAGAGCUACUGCGACUCCAGUAUGAAGCCCACCCCCGAGGAGGAGCCCUGCAACCUGUUCCCUUGCCCAGCCUUCUGGGACAUCGGAGAGUGGUCCGAGUGCAGCAAAACCUGCGGCCUGGGCAUGCAGCAUCGCCAGGUCCUGUGCCGCCAGGUGUACGCCAACCGCAGCCUGACGGUGCAGCCCUACCGCUGCCAACACCUGGAGAAGCCCGAGACCACCAGCACCUGCCAGCUCAAGAUCUGCAGCGAGUGGCAGAUCCGGACGGACUGGACCUCGUGCUCAGUGCCCUGCGGGGUGGGACAGAGGACCCGAGACGUGAAGUGUGUGAGCAACAUCGGGGACGUGGUCGACGAUGAGGAAUGCAACAUGAAGCUCCGGCCGAACGACAUUGAGAACUGUGACAUGGGGCCCUGUGCCAAGAGCUGGUUCCUCACCGAGUGGAGUGAAAGGUGCUCAGCAGAGUGUGGGGCUGGAGUGCGGACACGCUCGGUGGUGUGCAUGACCAACCACAUCAGCAGCCUGCCCCUGGAGGGCUGUGGGAACAACCGACCCGCGGAGGCCACCCCAUGUGACAAUGGGCCCUGCACAGGCAAGGUGGAGUGGUUUGCAGGGAGCUGGAGUCAGUGUUCCAUCGAGUGUGGGAGUGGGACCCAACAGAGGGAGGUGAUUUGUGUUAGGAAGAAUGCAGACACCUUUGAAGUGCUGGACCCCUAUGAAUGUUCCUUCCUGGAGAGACCCGCCAGCCAGCAAGCAUGCCACCUCAAGCCUUGCGGGGCCAAGUGGUUUAACACAGAAUGGAGCAUGGUAAGUCAUGGUUGUAGGGAAGGAUUUCAAAGCCAUGUCUCGCGCCCUUUCUCCUCCCACUGGUCCCGGCUGGCUCUGUGCUCAGAGAGUCUUUUCUGUUCUCUUGCCGCAGAUGAAAACUGCAAGGACAGGUACUACAACUGCAACGUGGUGGUGCAGGCGCGACUCUGCGUCUACAAUUACUACAAGACCGCCUGCUGCGCGUCCUGCACUCGCGGGGCCAACAGGCACGCGGGCUUCCUGGGGAGCAGAUAA